AUGGACAAGCUGCAGGAGACGCUGCUGGGCCUCGAGGAGGGCCUGGCCUGCUCCAGCCCGGCUUUUCUCUCCUCUUGGGACUGGAAGGACGCACCGGGCCCCUUCGACCUCGGCCGGGCUGGCUCCCCUCAGAGCCUGUCUCCCACCCCGUCCUUUGCCUCCUCUUCCUCACCUGCCCACCCAGGGGUGGCUGACCUGGCCUGUGGCCACAGCGCCAGCAAUGGUGGCAGCAGUAGCGGUGGCAGCCUAGUGGCCUGUGGCAUGUUGGCCUUCCCUUCUACCUACCUGCAGAGUCCCGGCCCCAGCAAGGCCCCAAAGGGCACCAAAGUCAGGAUGUCGGCCCAGAGGCGACGGAAGGCCAGCGAGCGUGAGAAGCUGCGGAUGAGGGCUCUGGCUGAUGCCCUCCACACCCUGCGUAAUUACCUGCCCCCGGUCUACAGCCAGCGGGGUCAGCCUCUCACCAAGAUCCAGACUCUGAAAUAUACCAUCAAAUACAUCGGCGAGCUCACGGACCUCUUGAAUGGGGCCCAGCGGACCUAG